ACUUCUUUCCUCACUAGUCGGUCAAGCUGAAAAUCAAAAUCUCCAAACCAUUUCUUCUCUUUUCUCUCAAAAAAAAAAACCUUUGAUCAAUCUCUUCAUCAACAUCUUCAGCAACGAUGGAUCUACGAGAAUCAAUUGCAAACGAAACAAAUGUGGCAUUACAGAUAGCAAAACAAGUAAUGUUAAAAGAAAAAGAAACAAAUCUUGUAUUUUCACCACUAUCAAUCCAUGUAAUAUUAAGUUUAAUAGCAUCUGGUUCUAAAGGUAAAACAUUAGAUGAGAUGUUAUCAUUCCUAAAAUCAUCUUGUAAUGGUGAUCUUAAUUCAUUUUCAUCUGAACUUGUUGCUCUUAUAUUGGCUGAUGGUAGUCAUACUGGUGGUCCGUUAUUGAGAUUUGUUAAUGGUGUUUGGAUCGAGAAAUCUCUUCCUAUGAGACCUUAUUUUAAAGAUAUUGUUGAUUCUGUUUAUAAAGCUGCUUCUAAUCAAGUUGAUUUCCAGAACAAGGCUGUUGAAGUGGCAAAUGAAGUUAACUCGUGGGCUGAAAAGGAAACCAAUGGUCUUAUCAAAGAGGUUCUUCCUUCUGGUUCAGUUGACCAUUCAACUAAACUUAUCUUUGCAAAUGCUCUUUAUUUCAAAGGAACGUGGAAUGAGAAAUUUGAUGGAUCAGAAACCAAACAUCAAGAUUUUCACCUUCUUAACGGAACUAAAGUCCAAACACCCUUCAUGACAAGCAAGAAGAAACAGUUUGUCAGUGAGUUCAAUGGUUUCAAAGUUCUAGGUCUGUCUUACAAGCAAGGGGAAGAUAAGAGGCGCUUCUCCAUGUAUUUCUAUUUGCCUGAUGCUCAGAAUGGGCUGGCAGCACUGAUAGAGAAGAUGGGUUCAGAACCAGAUUUCUUAAACCGCCAUAUCCCGUCCCAACAAGUAGAAGUUGGUCAGUUCAAGAUUCCUAAAUUCAAGAUCUCAUUUGGAUUUGAAGCUUCAAGCCAUCUGAAGGAGUUAGGCCUGGUAUUGCCCUUCUCUGGUGAUGACGGAGGUCUAAGUGAGAUGGUGGAUUCGGUUCAAGGUCAGAACCUUUAUGUUUCAAGCAUUCACCACAAAUCUUUCAUUGAAGUAAAUGAGGAAGGUACUGAAGCUGCUGCAGCUUCUGCUGCUGUGAUAAAACUGAGGUCGUUACAAAUGUCCGGUCCCAUCGACUUCGUAGCUGAUCACCCAUUCAUCUUCCUGAUCCGAGAAGAUAUGACCGGCAUGGUUCUGUUUGUCGGCCAUAUUGUCAAUCCAGCUCUGGAGGCUUAACCUAGUGUGGUAGGAGAGAGACCUAACUUGAUCAUGUUCGUAUCUAGUAAAACCGAAAUACAUAAAAAUCUUAGCACAAGGUUUUGAUGCUGGUUACUGUAUGUGUUUAUGUAUAAUAAAUCGUUUUUUAGCUUGUACUGUGGUCCCAGGUUUGACCUCAUCUGAAUGUUGAAUGUUGGCAUACGCCAAUGCUAAUUCCCAUACAAGGUGAAUCAUUUUUAAGAUAGGGUCUCCUUUGGGAGACCCCAUAUGUGUGGAUGAGUAUGGAUUAUGGAUUGUAAAGUUUGGCCAUAAAAUGAAAAGUAUACAUUUUACUUGA